ACACCCACCCAGUAACAACCCACGAAUGACAGCGCUAGAAAAAGAGAGAGAGGAGAAAAUUUCGAUCGAUUUACGCGGAUUAGGAUCAGGAUUUGGCGUGCUGCUGAUCUUCGGUUUCGGCAUCAAUGGCGACGGAAAAAUCACCUACGCCGGCAUCGAGAUCAGGCCUGAGAAAGCCAGUCUUCGUUAAGGUCGAACAGCUCAAUCCUGGCACUAAUGGCCACACACUCAUCGUCAAGGUCGUUAGCUCCAAUACCGUGUUGCAGAAAGGUCGAUCGGUGUCACAGCACCUUCGACAGACGCGGAUCGCUGAGUGCCUUAUUGGAGACGAAACUGGAACCAUUUUGUUCACUGCGCUUAAUGAUCAGGUUGAUCAAGUAAAACCUGGGACAACUAUCAUUCUUCGAAAUGCAAAGAUCAACAUGUUCAAAGGGUCCAUGAGGCUCGCAGUCGAUAAAUGGGGCCGCAUCGAGGUCGUCGAGCCCAAAAAUUUCGUCGUCAAGGAAGACAAUAACCUAUCUUUAGUUGAGUAUGAACUUGUGAAUGUUGCAUGAACUUGUGAAUGUUGCAGAGGAAUGAGAAGAAUAAGGCAACUUUAUGUAUAUAAUCAAUGGACAUUAAUAUAAUGUUGCUGAUGUGAAUAUAUAUAUAGAACAUCGCUAUAUUAUAGUUUUGUAUGGGUGAACGAACUGCCCCUUAAGCUCACACACAGUUUUCAAUCUGCUGGGCAUGUAUAUUGUAUAUUCUCUGGUCGUUCUUAUCCAACCUGGUUUGUUUAUCUUAAAACUUCCCGGAUCUGUUUGAUAUUUUUGAAAUUUAAAGAACCUUAUAGCUCAA